UUUAAUUUUUAAUUGAUCGCAAUUUUACCGAAUAUAAAGCGAACCCAUCGACUUCGAACCCAUCUGCUCAGCGUGGUCGGACUCUUAGCUCUCCUCUACCUUCUCCGAUCCAUCCCAGGUGUUCCACAACAUCAGAAAGAAGCAUUCCAAGUUGGGUUUGAAGCUUUAUUUAGUGAGCAGUCAAUAUGGCUAUGUAUAUCCGUGUUAAGCGUAGCAAGACAACUUACUUUAUUCGAUGUGAUCCGACUGAAACAAUUCUAGACAUAAAGGAGAAAUUGCAUGUCCUCAUUGAACAACCAGUUAACAAUCAGCGUUUAAUCCUAGUUGGUACUGGGGAAGUAUUAGAGGAUUCAAAGACAUUGGCAGAUCAGAAGGUUGAAAAUGAUGCAGUUGUGGCACUGACCUUGAGAAAAGAUGGUAAUGAGUUCGAGGAGGUGGACAUUGUACGGCCAAACGACUUCUGUCAAUCUCGUGAUGGAGAUGGUGGCAAUUGGUAACACAACCUCGAGAGGGUUAUUAAAAUGUCAAGGAAUCAAAAUUAAUGGCAUCUUGGAUUGUCAUUUGCUUCAUGUCCAAUAAAUAUUCUUGUACCAGUACAUUAUCUAGAAGAAAUGCUUAGGAAGAGCAUUUUGGUUGGUGAGUGAAAAUUAAAAGGUAGAUGUUAUUAAAAAGAAGUGGGUUUCAAUUAUUAGAGUUGGUUCUUGUUGGGUAGGUAAAAUGUAGAAAACUAGGGCUGAUAAUUCGGAUCGGGGUCAUGUCAAGUUGGGUUAGUGUCGUGUAUGAGUCAAUCGUAACUUGAUCCAUUUAAUUAAACGAAUCAAAUUCCUUAA